CACGCACUCAGAACCUCAGUGCAGAGCCUCCCUCCUGAUCCGGCUCCUGCAAGUGCUCUCCGGUGGACGACGGCCGGAGGCGUUAACUGACCCCCAUCUCCAUCCUAGCAAGGUGGCAUCCCGGAGCUGCUGACUCAGGAUGUCCACGUUCAGACUGGGUGACCAUGUGUGGCUGGACUCACCCUCCACCAACAAGAUCGGCGUGGCCAUCGGUGGCGUCAUCAAAGAAACUAAGCCAGGCAAACUUCUGGUUGAAGAUGAUGAGGGCAAGGAGCACUGGAUCCGAAUGGAGGAGCUUGGGGUCCUCAGCCCCAUGCACCCCAGCUCCGUCGAGGGUGUGGAGGACAUGAUCCGCUUGGGGGACCUCAACGAGGCAGGCAUGGUGCACAACCUGCUCAUCCGCUACCAGCAGCACAAGAUAUAUACCUACACAGGCUCUAUCCUGGUGGCCGUGAACCCGUUCCAGGUGCUUCCCCUGUACACCCUGGAGCAGGUGCAGCUGUACUACAACCGCCAUGUGGGCGAGCUGCCCCCUCACAUCUUUGCCAUUGCCAACAGCUGCUACUUCAACAUGAAGAAGAAUAAGCAGGACCAGAGCUGCGUCAUCAGUGGCGAGUCUGGGGCUGGGAAGACCGAGACCACCAAACUCAUCCUGCAGUUUCUGGCCACCGUAAGCGGCCAGCAUUCGUGGAUCGAGCAGCAAGUCCUGGAGGCCAACCCAAUCCUAGAAGCCUUUGGCAACGCCAAGACCAUCCGCAAUGACAACUCGAGCCGCUUUGGAAAGUACAUCGACAUCUAUUUCAAUGCCAGUGGGGUCAUCGAGGGGGCAUGCAUCGAGCAGUUUCUCUUGGAGAAGUCCCGGGUCUGCCGCCAGGCUGCAGAAGAGCGGAAUUACCACAUCUUCUACUCCAUGCUGAUGGGCAUGGGCGCCGAGGAGAAGCAGCUGCUGGGCCUGGGGACGCCCUCUGAGUACCACUACCUGACCAUGGGCAACUGCACCUCCUGCGAAGGGCUGGAUGAUGCCAAGGACUACGCCCAUGUCCGCUCUGCCAUGAAGAUCCUCCUGUUCUCUGACUCUGAGAACUGGGACCUGAGCAAGCUGCUGGCUGCCAUUCUCCAUCUGGGGAACGUGGGGUUCAUGGCUGCGGUGUUCGAGAACUUGGAUUCCUCUGAUGUGAUGGACACACCUGGCUUUCCCCUGGUGAUGAAGUUACUGGAGGUACAGCACCAGGCACUCCGGGACUGCCUGAUCAAGCACACCAUCCUCAUCCGGGGAGAGUACGUCUCCAGGCCCUUGAACAUCGCCCAGGCGGCAGACCGCAGGGACACCUUUGCCAAGGCCAUCUAUGGGCACCUCUUCCUGUGGGUUGUCAAGAAGAUCAACACCGCCAUCUACCCACCUCCCUCCCAAGACCCCAAGCAUGUCCGGAGAGUCAUCGGCCUGCUGGACAUAUUCGGCUUUGAAAACUUCCAAAGCAAUAGCUUUGAGCAGCUCUGCAUCAACCUGGCCAACGAGCAUUUGCAGCAGUUCUUCGUGCAGCACGUGUUCACCAUGGAGCAGGAGGAGUACCGCAUAGAGAACAUCACCUGGGACCGCAUCCAAUACACUGACAACAGGCCCACCCUGGACCUGCUGGCCCUCAAACCCAUGAGUGUCAUCUCCCUCCUAGAUGAAGAGAGCCGCUUGCCGCAGGGCACAGACCUGACCAUGCUGCAGAAGCUGAAUAGCAUCCAUGCCAACGACAAGGCCUUUCUGCAGCCCAAGAACAUCCACGACGCCAGGUUCGGCAUCGCUCACUUCGCCGGCGAGGUGUACUACCAAGUCGAAGGCUUCCUGGAGAAGAAUCGAGAUGUACUGAGCAAAGACAUCCUGAACCUGGUCUACUCCUCUAAAAACAAGUUCCUCCGGGAGAUUUUCAACCUGGAGUCGGCCGAGACCAAGCGGGGCCAGAGCACCAUCCGACAGGCGAAUCCCAAGAGCCAGUUAUUCAAGUCCACAGACUCCUCCAAGAGGCCCUCCACCCUGGCUGGCCAGUUCAAGCAAUCCCUGGACCAGCUGAUGAAAAUCCUGACCAGCUGCCAGCCCUACUUCAUCCGCUGCAUCAAGCCCAAUGAGUACAAGAAGCCUCUGCUUUUCGACCGCGAGCUGUGCCUGCAGCAGCUGCGCUACUCAGGCAUGAUGGAAACCGUGCGUAUCCGCAAGUCUGGCUUCCCAGUUCGCUAUGCCUUCGAGGAAUUCUCUCAGAGGUUCCGGGUGCUGCUGCCGAGCGCUGAGUGCCUGAAGCUAAAGGACAAGUUCCGCCAGAUGACACUGCGCAUCAUUGAGGCCUAUCUGGAAGGUGACAAGGACUGGAAAGUGGGAAAGACCAAGAUUUUCUUAAAGGAUCACCAACACACGCUACUGGAAAUCCAGAGGGGCAAAGCCUUGGACAGAGCGGCCGUGAGCAUCCAGAGAGCCGUGCGGGGCUACAGACACAGGAAGGAGUUCCUGAAGCAGAGACAGUCGGCUGUGGUGCUGCAGGCUGCAUGGCGAGGCUACUGCAGCAGGAGGAAUUUCAAGCUGAUCCUCCUGGGCUUCGAGCGCCUGCAGGCCAUUGCCCGUAGCCACCUGCUGGCCAGGCAGUUCCAGGCCUUGCGACAGAAGAUGGUGCAACUGCAGGCCCGCUGCAGGGGCUAUCUGGUGCGCCAGCAAGUGCAGGCCAAGAAGAGGGCAGUGGUCAUCAUCCAGGCACAUGCCAGGGGCAUGGCUGCCCGCCGAAACUUCCAGUGCCAGAAGGGCCUGGUGGUCACCCCAACUGGGAAGCCCAAGAAUCGAAGCCCUUCCCCUGCCAAGAAGCGCACAUCCAUCUAUGACACUGUCACCGACACCGAGAUGGUAGAGCAGCUGUUUGGCUUCCUCCCUGCCAUGAUCGGGGGCCAGGAGGGUCCAGCCCCGCGACGCUUCGAGGACCUGGAACCCAAGACCCAGAACCAGAGCCAGGCCCUGAAGCUGCCUGAGAUUGACCUGGACGCAGUCCCCAUGCUGGAGGAGCCCAAGGAAGAUGAGGACGGCCUGGCCGAGUACAGCUUCCCCAAGUUCGCUGCCACUUACUUCCAGAAAUCAGCCAGCCACACGCACAUCCAGCGGCCACUCCGCUACCCGCUGCUCUACCACGAGAGUGACACUGACUGCCAGGCUGCGCUGGCCGUGUGGACCAUCAUCCUGAGGUUCAUGGGCGAUCUCCCGGAGCCCAUACUCUAUGCCAGGAGCAGUCUGCACGGUGGCUCCAUGAUGCGGCAGAUCCAUGAUGCUGCAUCCUCCCUGGGCCACAGGGACAAAGGAACAAAAGACAUAUCCUCCAUGAAGCUGAAACGCUCCUCCCGCAUCACGAGCCAGGUGGCCAGCCAGUUGAACAUAGGGGAAGAUGCCUUGGAUCUUGACGGCCCCAUCUCAGACAGACCCAUGUCCAACCUGGAGAAGGUACACGUCAUCGUGGCCUACGCCAUCCUGAAGCCCGACCUCAGGGAUGAGAUCUACUGUCAGAUCUGCAAGCAACUCUCAGGGAAUGCCAAGAAGAGCAGUGUGGCACGGGGCUGGAUCCUACUGAGCCUCUGCCUGGGCUGCUUCCCGCCCUCAGAGAGGUUCAUGAAGUACCUGCUGAACUUCAUCCGCCAAGGGCCGGUGGGCUAUGGGCCUUUCUGUGCUGAACGCCUGCGCCGCACCUGUGCCAAUGGAGUCCGCAUGGAGCCCCCCACCUACCUGGAGCUGCAGGCUGUCAAGUCCAAGAAGCACAUACCCAUCAACGUCAUCCUGAUCAACGGAGAGAGCCUGACGGUCAUGGUGGACUCGGCCUCCACGUCCCGCGAGAUCUGCCAGCACAUCGCCCAGAAACAGGACCUCAGAGACCACCUGGGCUUCUCCCUCCAGGUCGCUGUGUAUGACAAGUUCUGGUCCCUGGGCUGUGGACGCGACCACCUGAUGGACGCCGUGGCCCAGUGUGAGCAGCUGGCCCAGGAGAAGGGUGAGAGCCAGCGCCAGUCGCCCUGGCGCAUCUACUUCCGGAAGGAGUUCUUCACACCCUGGCAUGACUCCCGGGAGGACCCAGUCAGCACCAAGCUCAUUUACCGCCAAGUCCUCCAUGGAGUCUGUUCGGGCGAGUACGGCUUUGAGAAGGAGGAAGAACUGGUGGAGCUGCUAGCCCGCCACUGCCACGUGCAGCUGGGUCCCUCUGCGAGGAGCAAGGCCGUCCAGGAGCUGCUGCCUGGCUGCGUGCCCCUCAGACUGUACAGGACCAAGUCCCCUGAGAAAUGGGCCAGCCUUGUCAUGGCCGCCCAGGCCAAGGUUCAGGACACGCCUCAGGCGGUGCGGGAGCAGGUAGUGGAUGCUGCCCGCCUGCAGUGGCCACUACUUUUCUCUAGGCUCUUCCAGGUCAUCCCGUUCUCCGGUUCCCACCUCCCCAAGACACAGCUGGUCUUGGCAAUCAACUGGAAAGGCCUGUGCUUCCUGGACCAGCGCGAGAAGAUACUGCUGGAACUGUCCUUCCCAGAGGUCAUGAGUCUGGUCACCAACAGGGAGGCCCAGGGCAGGCAGAGGCUGCUGCUGACCACUCUGCGUGACGACUAUGAGUUCGUGUCCCCCAGCUGUGUGGCCAUCGCUGAGUUGGUGGCCCUGUUUCUGGAAGGCCUCAAGGAGAGGUCCGUGUUCGCCAUGGCCCUGCAGGACAGGAAGGCCACAGAGGAUGCCACCCUCCUGUCCUUCAAGAAGGGCGAUUUGCUGAUCCUGACCAAGAAGCAGGAGCUGCUGGCCUCCGAGAGCUGGACGCUAGGCCAGAACGACAGGACUGGCAAGACAGGGCUGAUGCCCACCAACUGCCUCUAUGUCAUCCCCACACUCACCAAACCCUCUGCACAACUGCUGAGCUUGCUGGCCAUGUCCCCCGAGAAGCGGAAGUUGGCAGCCCGGGAGACAGGGCGCAUGGAACCGCUGGCCGAGGAGCCGCCUCAGGAAAUGCUACACACCCUGGAAGAAUUCUCCUACACAUCUUUCAGGGCCCCCGAGAAGGAGACGGUCGGCAGGGCCCUGCCCUCCCUGGCCCGCAUGCGGGGCCACCUAUGGGCCUACUCAGCUGAGCCGCUGCGACAGCCGCUGCUCAAGCGCGUGCACAACAACGUGGAGCUGCGGGACGCCGCCUGCCACUCCUUCCUGGCCAUCCUUAAGUACAUGGGCGACUACCCCUCACGGCAAGCCUGGUCCACCCUGGAGCUCACCGACCAGAUCUUCUCAGGGGCCCUGCAGGAGGUCGCCCUGCAGGACGAGGUCUACUGUCAGAUCCUGAAGCAGCUGACCCACAACGCCAACAGGUACAGCGAGGAGCGUGGCUGGCAGCUGCUAUGGCUGUGCACAGGCCUCUUCCCACCGGGCAAGGCACUGCUGCCCCACGUCCAGAAGUUUCUCGACACACGCAGGACCAAGCCUCUGGCACCCGACUGCAGCCGCCGCCUACAGAGGGUCCUGCGGACAGGGCCCCGGAAGCAGCCGCCACACCAGGUGGAGGUGGAGGCCGCAGGGCAGAAGCUUUCCCGCAUGUAUCACAAUGUCUUCUUCCCCAACGACACCAGCGAGAUGAUGGAGGUGGGCAGCAGCAGCCGAGUGCGUGACGUGUGCGAGGCCAUCGCCACCAAGUUGCAGUUCUCCUCCUGGGAGGGCUGCAGCCUCUUCAUCAAGAUCACAGACAAGGUGGUCAGUCUAAAAGAGGCAGACUUCUUCUUCGACUCCUUGAGGCAGAUGUCAGACUGGGCAAAGAAGAACAGGCCCCAGAAAGAAGGGGCCCUGGUGACAAUCCCCUACCAGGUGUACUUCAUGCGGAAACUGUGGAUCAAUGUGGUCCCAGGCAAGGACAUGAAUGCAGACAACAUCCUGCAUUACCACCAGGAGCUGCCCAAGUACCUGCGUGGGUUCCACAAGUGCUCACAGGAAGAUGCUGUACACCUGGCGGGCCUCAUCUACAAGGCACAGUUUGACAAGGACCAGUCCCAGCUGGCCAGCGUUCCCAAGAUCCUCAAAGAGCUGGUGCCCAUGAACUUCACGCGCAUCAUGUCCACAGAGGAAUGGAGAAAGAGCCUCCUGCUGGCCUACAACAUGCACAAGAGCAAGACGGUGCAGGAGGCCAAGGUGGCCUUCCUCAAGUGGAUCAGCCGCUGGCCCACCUUCGGGUCCGCCUUCUUCGAGGUGAAGCAAACCUCAGAGCCCUCCUAUCCAGACAUCAUCCUCAUCGCUAUUAACCGGCGCGGUAUUCUGCUGAUCCACCCCAAGACCAAGGAGCUGCUCACCACCUACCCUUUCAACAAGAUCUCCAGCUGGAGCAGUGGCAGCACCUACUUCCACAUGGUGCUGGGGAGCCUAGGCCGGGGCAACCGCCUGCUGUGUGAGACCUCUCUGGGCUACAAGAUGGACGAUCUGCUGACCUCCUACGUGCAGCAGCUCACAAGUGCCAUGAACAAACAGCGGGCCCCUGGGACCUCAGCCCUGGGCAGCCCCUAGUGGGCAGCCCAGAUCCUGCCCUCACCCCACCAUGCCCCAGCU